GUGACGUAAUAUUCCUGCGACUGCGCGACAGCUUUCAAAAUAAUUCACAUUACGAAGAUCCUACCAUACGAUGUCCCUGUUUGCAGCAUUUCGUGAUGCAUCUUCAGAAAAAGAAAGCAGUUCGUCUAAACAGUUGGACUGGCUGAGUAAUCAGAGUUUCCGCUCCGCUGAUGCCUUGGCCCUCCACCACAUUGCCUUGGAGAAGGCCAAGGAGGGUGAGGAAGGGGAGAGGAGAGAGUGCAGUGAGAAGAGCUACGGCCGAAUCUCCGGAGAGGAAAGCGAAGGUGAAAGCGGCGGCAGUGGUAGUGGACGACAUAAGAAACGGAAGAAAAAAGAAAAGAAGAAAAAGAAGAAGCACAAGAAGCACAAGAGGAAGGGAGGAGGAGGGGAGCGCUCGGGAGACAGCUAUGACUCAGACUCGGAGACGGUCUACCCCAGCGAUCUGCUCAGGCAGCAGCAGGAGGGAGCCCACAGACGGCAGUCUCCGGUGGAGCGGGAGGUUGUGGAGGUGGAGACAUCGAGGCAGGGAGGCGGCAGGUUUCGCUGGCUGGACGACGUGCAGUCUGCGGCGGACGCCUUCUUCUUCUGCCUGGACCGGAAAGCGGACCCGGCCAACUGGCAGUACAAGUCUCUGUACCGAGGGGACAUCGCAAGGUACAAGCGUAAGGGCAGCUCGUCGCUGGGCCUGAAUCCGCGCAGGCAGGCGGUGAGCUGGGACGAGGAGCCCGGUCAGGAGGGCAAGAAGAGGCCGCGGCCAGACAGACGCCCAGAGCGAUACUACUCCUCGCAGGCACGCCAGCUCUUACGCACAGACCCCCUGCCUUCCCAACCCCCACCUCCAGAAACCACCACCACCACCACCACCAGUGGCAACACCACCCAAGUCCCUGGUGCCAACUUCAUCCAGCUGCCCUCUGAGAAGCCAGAGGGGGAUGGCAAGACAGUGGCGGGCACCUCGUGGGUCAACCCGCUGGGUGUGUACGACACGGGCACAGCGCUCUGGCUGGAGGGCAAAGGGCAGGAGCAGCAGCAGCAAGGGCAGCAGGGGCAGCAGCAGGUGGGGGAGAAGAAGGGGGUGGAGGGGAUGGAGGCCAGGCUGACGGCCAGGGUGGAGGAGCUGAACCGGAGGGUGAGGGAGGACCCCACCGACACACAGGGAUGGCUGGAGUACAUCCGCUUCCAGGACGAGCUGGCGUUAUGGGGCACCAGCGAGCCCGCCGAGCAUCAGCAGCACCACCGCAUGUCCACGCGCGGCGUGCUGGAGAAGAAGCUGGCGGUGGCGGACCGGGCGCUGCAGAGCAACCCGGGCUGCGUGGAGCUGCACCUGGAGAGGCUGGCCGUGUGCGGGGAGCUGUGGGAGCCCCCGGCCCUGCUCAAGGAGUGGAAGAAGCUGGUCUUCCUCCACCCCAACAGUGCUCCAUUAUGGCGACGAUAUUUGAGGUUCUGCCAGGGCAACUUCGGGACCUUCUCGGCGGCCAAGGCUGGAGCAGCGUACGGGAAGUGUUUGAGUACGCUGGCGGCGUGUGGGGACGGCACCAUGCUGUCUCACCCAGCGCUGCCUGGCAUCGAGGACGACAUGCUGGACAUCUUCCUGCAGCAGUGUCAUUUCCUGCGUCAGGCGGGCCACUCUGAGAAGGCCGUGUGUCUCUUCCAAGGCCUGCUGGAUUUCACCUUCUUCAAGCCUGACACUGUCAAAGACCUGCCCACCAGACAGCAGGUGGAGUUCUUUGAGCCGUUCUGGGACAGUGGGGAGCCGAGGGUGGGGGAGAAGGGGGCUCGUGGGUGGAAGGCCUGGAUGACGCAGCAGGAGAGAGGGGGCUGGCUGGUCCCUAAUGAACAAGAGGAGGAUGAUGAUGAAGAGGAUGAUAAUGAGGAGGUGAAGGAUAAGACCUUACCCAAGUGGAGGAUCUGGCUGGACGUGGAGUCCUCACGAGAGGCCAAACACUGGUUACCAUGGAGACCUGACCAAAGCAAAGGGCAAUCGGAGGAGGACUGCGAGGAUCCUGAGAGACAGGUGCUUUUUGAUGACAUCGGGCCCUCCAUGAUCCGGCUGACCCGCCCUGACCUCCAGCUGCGGCUGCUUUGCGGCUUCCUGCACUUCCUGGGGCUCCCCGUCACCACCUCCAUCUUCUCCACCACCACCACCAGCAGCUCCCCCAGCGCCAGCCCCAGCCCCAGCCAUCACUACCAGGGGAGCUCCAUCAGCCUGCUCCUGGAUGAUCUCUCCCUGCUGCAGGACCAGUGGGACCCUGCCCGGCCCUUGACCUCCAUCAGCCCGUCCUGGAAUUCCUCUGCGGUGGGAGGAGGGGUGGCCCAUGUGGGUCGCACAGGUGUCCUGGGGGGCGAGCCCUGGAGCAAGCAGGCGGUGGGGCUGGGCAAGGACGGAGAGGAGUUUGUGCAGAACGUGCUGCAACAGAUCGCGCCGUUAGUGGCUGCGGCUGAGGACAGGGCCGUGCUUCACCUCAGCUGGCUGCAGUACGGGAAGCUCAAGGUGCUGAGGUGUGUGCAGAGUGGCAACAAGAAGCGCCUGCGCAUCCAGGGCAAGCGCAGCAAGCGGCUGGCCAAGCGCCUGCUGAAGGAGCCCGAGAACCGCGGGCGCCUGGACCUGUGGCGCGAGUACGCCCAGCUGGAGUGGCUGCAGGGCAACCUGGAGGAGGCCCGCAAGGUCUUCGACACCGCCCUGGCCAUGGGCGUGUCCCGAGGCCUCAAGGACCCCGCCCUCUGCCACCUCGGCCUGCUCUACGGCCAACUGGAGGCGGAGGAAGCGUGGCGUAGCGGGGAAGGAGGAAGUGCUGCGGGAAUGGCGGCCGCGUCCUCUGCCGCGGUGCACAUUCUGACCAAACUGGCUGAGGAAGACACGUACGCUGCCUUUGCAGGACAGGUGUCCACGGUAGCAAUUCUCAAAGCCAGGAAGUCCUAUGAGCAAGCUGUGGACAUCUGCCUAGCUGGACUAGAGGCCGGCCGUGCUAGUAAGAAGGGCCAGCGCUUAGCAGGGCUCGUUGGCUGCUAUGCCCUUUUCCAGUAUCUGACGAUGGGCAUCGAUGCUGCUAACGCUGUGUACAGACAAGCUAGAGAGAGACUGGAGCAGCAGGCUAGCAUUACCCAGCAGAACACUGUGGUUGAUAGUGCUAGUGCAAGUGCUAGGGCUAGUGCUAAUAGUAUUAGCAUGGUUGCGGAUUGUGAGGCCCUUGCUGUUCAACACGCAGCGCUGUUGCGCCACCACACCAGCGUCUCCGUGUUUCCGCUGGUUCACCUCAGGGAGGCGCUCACCGCAGCCCUGACUCGCUUCCCCACCAGUGCCCCCUUGUGGCAUUUAUACGUACAGGCGGAGGCGCGGUACCACAGCGCCGGACGGGCGCGGAGGUUCUUCCACAGCGUCAUGAAGGGUGGCCGGAGUGUGGUGCCUUACCUGUUCGCCGUGUGGGCGGAACAGGGGAGGAAGGAGUUGAUAGACUCUGUGCAGAGGUCCGGUAACCCUACAGGAGCGCUCCCUACAUUACCAGAAAACGGCCUGAGUAAUCGCAUUCGUUCGCUGUUUGAGGUAGCCACCGCAAAAGAGGUGGGGUCCCAGUGUCCACUGCUAUGGAGGAUGUACCUUAAGUUCAUGGCCUCUGAGGGAAACAUGGAGAGGGCCAAAGGGAUCUUCUACAAAGCUCUUCAGAACGUCCCCUGGGCCAAGGGGCUGUACAUGGAUGCCGUGCUGCUGUUCCCAGAUUCGGUCACUGAGUUCCUGGACCUGAUGACUGAGAAGGAGCUGCGUCUGAGAGCGCCCAUGGAGGAGGUGGAGAUCCUCCUGGAGGACUAACGCUAACUGGCUCUUCCCAUGAUGCAAUGCAGUGAGGAAACAAAGAAAUCCUGCUGAAGAAUUUGGACCUCUCAGCACCACGAUACUGAUUUCUUGACUGUUGUUGCCAUUGAAGUUUAAAAUACCUUGUUUUCCUCCCAUCACUGUGACAACCAAGGUCUCAAGUAUAGCCCAGCUACCUCAGCUGAGUUGGUAGGGCAGUACUUUGUGUUUAAAAAUAGAAAGAGAAAAAGGUGAACAUAGAUGUGCUUCAAUAAUGAAAAUGUUUCUAAAUUUCUAAUAAAAUUAUUUUUUGAAAUUAA